UGAUAAGAAUACGGAAUCGUAUAUAACAAGUGGAAAAAUAUUAUUUGUAGAAACGACGUUUUCUAAUUAUCUUGUUAUGAAUAGAAUAACAAUAGAGUCUCAACGAUAUCGAUAGAAACAGAUGAUUAGUGUGUAUUUGUAUUAUUUUCCAUUCCAAUUAUUCGUAGUUUUUACAAGAGGUGAGACAUACGCGUUUCAAGAUUGAAGAUGAUGUGCGCGCAAUAAAUUCAAGCAGUUCAACACGUGCUCGCGCGUACACGUGGACUCAUCGAAAUGUGAGAGAGAAGAAUAGAAGAGGAAGUCGAUUGUUGGGUGCUGUCGAUGCGACGUCAACAUUUGUGAUCAUCGUCAAGGAUAUAUAUAUAUAAUAAUCAAGUGGAUACAUACAAAAUGGAAAGUCUCUACACCGGUGCAAUUCAUGGAUUUCAUCAGCCUAACGGAGGUAUGGUAGCAAAUGGAUUUUCCACGGGUAUCGCCAAUUCCUUCGAUCAAAGUGGAGUCUUGAGUCUCAUUGUUGUCCUCGGAGGAAGUCUUUCUUUGGUAGCACUCGUUUUUGCGUUCAUAACUUAUAGUUUGUUCUCUGAUCUGAGAAGUUUGGCAGGUACCACCCUCAUGAAUCUCUUGGCAGCCCUCUUCAUGGUUCAACUCCUUUUUAUCGUCGGCGUGGGGGGUGUUCAGGAUUCGGAGCUUUGCAUUUCUCUCGGAUUGAGCCUUCAAUAUCUGAGGGUAUCGGUGGUCUGUUGGUUAGCUGCGAUGUGCCAUCAUCUCUAUGCCACAGUGGCCUCAAUACCUCGCCGUGACGAUCCUCCUACGUAUCUCAAAUAUAGCGUCUUCGCCUGGGGCGCACCCCUUGUCACUCUUGCUGUUGCCACCCUUGUACAGAGUCGAGAGAGCAAUGAUUUCUGGAACGUUGUGGAUUUGACGCCAUUCAACUGCUGGUUUCUUGGAACGAACGCAACGGUCUACGCCUACGGAUUGCCAAUCGUCCUGCUUCUCAUGGCCUCCGGAUAUUACCUCGUGAAAGCCGCGAUCGUAUCGAGGUAUACGUGUAGCAUGCAAUUGGAAAUCAAGCAACGCGAGAAAAUGAAGAGGAGGCGUACGUUACAACUGAUGCUUUUCCUGAAGGUCUGCAUGAUAGUUGGUCUCGUAGCAGCUUGCGGUGUGGCUUCGAGGGUAUGGAAGAUGCCUUUUCUAUGGGCCGUCUUUUGCACGGGUCAUUCGCUUCAGGGUCUCUCCGUGGCACUGUCGGUCGCAUGCAAUUGCAGAGUGCUCAAAGUCUACGCGAGAAAAUCGCAUCCUCAACCGCAGCAGAUCACCAAGUCGAGUAGUAGCAUGCAGCUGCUCGCACCUGCACCUGAUCCAGUCUAGAUCGAAUUCCUCUGUAGGUUUCAAUCUAGACGGUCUCAUUUUAACAACGGAUGGAGGAGAGAAAUAGAGAGAGAAAGAGAGGGAGAGAGAGAGAGAGAGAGAGAGAGAGAGAGAAAGAGAGUAUCGAGUGAACAUACCUUGCGAGAAGGAAGGAGGAAAGGAAGUUACGGAGAUAGAUCGUGUCGUCCACGCAUCGUCGCUAUUUUUACAUCAAGAUUAGUUCACAGUUCACUUACGAGUUCGUUACCCUGACCUUCCACGUAUCGAUGAUUUAACUAACAAAAAGAAACACGAAGGAGUAUUAUAGACCAGAAUACCAACAAUUGCUUUUAACGGAAGAUCGAAAUGAUCUAUCUGUCUUAUUAUGUUUAAUACUUUUUUCAGAUCACAACAUCCUAUUGAAGAAUAUGGAACAAACCGCGAAAGCUUCUAUGAUCUUGCGUUUCUUCCGGACAUUCUUUGCGUAUUUUCAAAACGGACAUUAGAAGGAACGUAGAAAUAAAUUAUUAGCAUUUCCAACGAAAUCGCGCAUUUUCGUACGAUUUAACGAGAGUGAGAAUGAUAGAUAGAUCAAUCCUUUAGGCUGAAGAACAUAUCAUCGUUUGAAUAUCGAAGUAAGUUUGAAUAUUUUCUUUUUCUUUUUUUUUUCCUUUUUUCAACCAAGAAUCGCUGGAAGCUCGUACGUGUGCGUAUCGCCAAGAAAAAAAUAUAUCAAAUGCCGAUCGAUCAUUAUUGAACGAUACAAGUAUCGAGUUAUGUAUUGAACGAUCCAUAUAGACUGCUAUCCUGCGAUUCCUUGGUAAUCGAUCUUGCGGUCGACAUUCUGUUUGUGGGAGAUGCAAUUAACACUCUGCAGUGAGAAAUUUACGCAAGAUCGCAUUAAUACACAACAACAACAACCAAUAUUAAUAUUAUUAAUAAUAAUAAUAAUAGUAAUAAUAAUAAUAAUAAUCACGCACGCGCGUAGUCUUAUAAUCGCAUAUAAUCCACAUAUACAUACAUACGUACGUACGUACGUACAUAUAUAUAUAUAUAUAUACAUAUAAUACGGAAUAAAUAUUUUGAAAUCUUUUCAAUGUAUCUGGAUCAUUGAAAUCGAUCCCUCCGAUUGAUAAAGACGGCUUCUAUAGAAAAUACAAAACAGAGAUAGAGA